AUGGCGAUUGUUGCGGCAGGAGUUUCAAAAGUCCUGACGACGUUUCAAAAAACGUUCAAAGGACUACUCCCGUUGAUUAUUCUCGUGAUCUACACUCUACUGGGAGCAUGGAUCUUCUGGAUGAUCGAAGGAGAAAACGAACGAGAGAUGCUCAUCGAGCAGCAAAAAGAGAGAGAUGAUCUGAUCCGGAGAACCGUGUACAAGAUUAACCAGUUGCAAAUCAAAAGACAGAGAAGAUUAAUGACAGCUGAAGAGGAGUACAAUAGAACUGCCAAAGUUUUGACUACUUUCCAAGAAACAUUGGGAAUUUUGCCAGCUGAUAUGGAUAAGGAUAUUCAUUGGACUUUCCUGGGAUCUAUUUUUUACUGUAUGACUGUUUAUACCACUAUUGGUUACGGUAACAUCGUACCAGGAACUGGAUGGGGUCGCUUUGCUACCAUUGUGUAUGCCUUCCUUGGUAUUCCACUCACAGUACUCUCGCUUUACUGUCUUGGUAGUCUCUUUGCCAAAGGAUGUAAAAUUCUGUGGAAGUUCUUCUUGAGAUCCACCAGAGUUGUUAGCAAGGAUCUUUCCGAAAAAAUUUCCGAAGCAGCUGACAAUAUUGAAGAGGGAACCACUGCAGUGGCUCCUGCUUCAAAAGAAGAAAACGACGAUGAUGAUUUGUUGUCGUUCCCUAUCUCUGGACUUCUACUUAUCACUGUUAUCUGGGUGAUUUUCUGCGCCGUUCUCUUCACUUUUCUCGAGGAGUGGGACUUUGGAACUUCUCUUUACUUCACUCUCAUUUCGUUCACAACCAUUGGUUUUGGAGAUAUCCUUCCAUCUGAUUACGAUUUCAUGCCUAUCGUUGGAGUUUUGCUUCUCAUUGGUCUUUCUUUGGUGUCUACUGUUAUGACUCUCAUUCAACAACAAAUUGAGGCACUGGCAUCGGGAAUGAAAGACAACAUCGACCAAGAAUAUGCUCGUGCUCUUAACGAGGCCCGUGAAGAUGGAGAAGUCGAUGAGCACGUCGACCCAGAGGAAGAUCCCGAAACCAACAAGAAAUCAUUGAACGCUGUCGUUUCAAGAAUGCCCUUGUCCAAGAGAGCACUUUACUAUUUUCUUCCAGCCAGUCAAAAGAAGCAGCUUGAGCAACAAUCUGAAAAGAAGAUGGGAAGAAAGAGUAUAAAAGUUCAAACUGAUAGCGAAUUGUUGGAGACACUCAUCCGCGAGGAAAUUCUCAAGGCGGAGCUCAACAACGAAAUGCACAAAUUCAACGGUCCACGGUCUUCUCAACAACCGAGACUUAUUCAUUCCGAAAUUCGUGAGAAGGAAGUGCCAAUCGAGGUGGUUCGUGUCGAACAAUACAAUCAUGGAGGACAUGAUGAUUAUUUGGAACAUGACAUUUAG